AUGGCAAAUAUAUUUGAUGAGGUGAGGAUAGUUUUUAGAGGUCCUUGUGAGCGUCUAUUUAUAGCUUAUAAGCCUGUUGGUUGGCACGUAUGCUCACCAUCGCAGAAGAAGUUUACUGAAUCACUUUCCACAGUUAUCGGAGCAAGGCUUGGGAUUCCUGAAGAUUCCAUUAAAUUCCCAAGUAAACUUAAAAUUAACCAAAAUGGACUUGUCAUUGGUACCACAGACGAGCCAAUGUACAACCAAAUACGAAAUAUUAUACAAAACAAACUAUGCACAAAAUCUUACACUUGUAUAAUAGAUAAAUCAACAAUUUUUAACCCGUUUAACGGUAGGGAGCAGUUGGAAUUAGUUGGAGAGAUAAGAUUUAGGCUAAAGCUACUGGAGAAGAAAUCACAAUUUGGUCCAAAUACGCAAGUUUUUGACAUUUCCGUGACGGUGCUUGGUUCUGAUCCUAUUUCCACUGAGGAAACUGACCUCAAAACCCUCAAGUUCAAACUCUCUGCCCUGGAAAAUGACAUAAAUUGGUCUAAAAUUAACCCUAAUGCAUACUAUUUAUUGGAACUCCAGACGACAGACCCCGUGGUUGACAAGAAUUUAGAGGAAAUUCUGGACCAGUUAGGCAUACAAAUCAAAUCCAACCCUAACCAAAGUAAUAAAGAAUUUAAUUUGUUACUGAAUGGGAUUCAGCUCCCGCAUCCGAUCCUGAGGGAUAGAAAAAUCACCACUCAAAUUAACUUUCCCCUAGAACAUUAA